AUGGCUCUAUAUUUGGAACAAGUAAGAAUCCUUAUCAACCAGUUUCAAACAUUCAAGAUAGUCCACAUCAAAAGAAGCGAAAACAAACAUGCAGACGUGCUAAGCAAACUGGCUGCUACAAGCUUCAGACAACUCGCGAAAGAAGUCCGUAUCAAGGUAUUAUCUAACCCAUCUGUUCCCUUAAGACAAGUGAACAUCAUAGAGGUCGGGAAUCCAUCUUGGAUGUCCCCAAUCAUUACAUACUUGCAACAUGGGAUCCUUACAGAAGGAAAGGCGGAAGCCAGGAAAAUUCAACACAAAGCAUUGAACUACGAAAUGGCGGACGGUAUCUUAUACUGUAAAUCCUUCAUGGGUCCACUUUUACGAUGCGUAGAUAAGACUGAUGCACAAUAUUUAGUCCGCGGAAUUCAUGAAGGGUUAUGUGGAAUCCAUGCAGGCCCGCGCAUGGUAGUUGCAAAGAUUAUGAAUGCAGGCUAUUAUUGGCCAGGUAUGCACGUAGAUGUAGUGGAACUAUUGCGCAAGUGUGUGGCAUGUCAGCGCCAUGCCCCAAAAAUGCUCCGCCCAAAGAACCCUCUGGUCCCACUGGCCUUUUCAGCAAUGGGGCAUCGACCUCGUCGGCCCUUUCCCCGAUGCGCCCGGCGUAGUUUAGUUCAUAGUAGUAGCAGUAGACUACUUUACCAAAUGGGUAGAAGCGAAGGCUCUCGCAUCGACUACAGCCAUGGUAAUUCGCAAAUUCAUCUGGGAGCACAUUAUUUGCCGAUUUGGGUUACAUUACGUAUCAUAUCUGAUAACGGUACAAACUUCGCAUCAGAGGACGUACAAAAAUGGUUCAAAGAGAUGAACAUUGAACAGAGCUUCGCCUCUGUGGCGCACCCACAAGCGAAUGGGCAACUUGAGAGCGUGAAUAAACAAAUAAUGGAUGUCAUCAAGGCAAGGCUGGGGACCGCGCGUAGGGGGUGGGUGGACGAGUUCCGUAGCAUUUUAUGGGCUCACCGCACCACGCUAAAAACCAAUACAGGCGAAACUCCAUUCAGCCUCAUUUAUGGUUCAGAAGCGGUAAUACCAACAGAAGUUGGCCUCCCAUCACCACGCAUGAUCGCCAUGGAAAAACAAGACAACGAACGAGAACGACGACUUGAUCCUGGAACUUCUCGAAGAAUGGCGCGAGAAUGCAGCUAUUGCAGAAGCCAGGUAUAA